UGCUGCAGGAAGCGGGUUCUGCAGGCAGCACGUGAGUCGCAAAGUGGAGGAGGCUUUGGCGGGGGGAGUUGCUCUGCUUGCAGAAGUGGGGGGGGAGGCUGACAGUUAAGAACAGCCCCCCCAAGGACAGCAUGGCCGGAGUGUGGAAAGGCGCCUGAGGAUUGGAAUCUUGAGCUCCCUGAGGAUUGGCGUUCUACUUUAAAGAAAGGAAGGAAAGAAGACGUUCCGGGCUCGUUCUUUCCUGUCCAUCAUCACCAUGUUUGGCUCGUCCCGAGGGGGGGUGAGAGGAGGGCAGGACCAGUUUAACUGGGAAGAUGUAAAGACGGACAAACAAAGGGAAAACUACCUAGGGAACUCCUUGAUGGCACCUGUAGGCCGGUGGCAGAAGGGGAAGGAUCUCACGUGGUACGCCAAGGGGAAGAAAGGUGACGCACCUCUCUCCCGGGAGGAUGAGCUGGCUGCAGUCCGGCGGGCAGAAGAGGAGGCCAUGAUGGCAGCCUUGGGUUAUAAGAACGUGAAGAAGCAGCCGACAGGACUAAGCAAAGAGGAUCUUGCCGAGGUCUGCAAACGUGAUGGAGCAGAGCGUGAUGAGAAGGCGGUGGAUCGUGUGUUGGGCCUGGGGAGUUCGAGGUGUGACGCAAGCAGGAAUGAUGUUUUCCAAAGAAGACAAGAAGCUGCCAAAAUGGGCCUUUUCAGUCUUCACGCACCAUCGAAUAGCAAGCAGCCAGAGGCUUCGGCUACCAAAAAGAAACCGGAUAAAGAAGAGGAAACGGGAGCCGCAGAGCCAGAGCCCAGCAAGAAACCCAAAAAGAAGAAAGAGAAGAAGAAGAAGAAGCACAAGAAAGAAAAGAAAAAAGAAAAGGAGAAGCAUCGUAGAAAGAGAGAUUCUUCCUCUUCCGCCUCCUCUUCUCCAGACGACAGAGAGAGGUAA